AUGAACUGCCUCAGUUUUGUAGUUUUAUUCUGCGUGGCCAUCGUCUAUGCUUCACACCAUGAAGAAAAUUAUGCUCCAGCUCAUUAUAAAUUCGAAUACGGUGUGCAUGAUCCUCACACCCACGACAUCAAGUCUCAACACGAGCACAGAGAUGGUCACAACGUAAAGGGAGGUUACACCCUUAAGGAAGCCGAUGGCACUACUCGUGUUGUAGAAUACAUUGGAGAUCACCACAACGGUUUCCAAGCGGUCGUCAAGAGAAUCGGCCAUGCCCAGCACCCCGCUCAUUAUGGACAUGGUCACGGUCAUGGACAUGGAGGUGAUCACGGUCAUGGACAUGGAGGUGUUGGCGGCACUAGUUGGGUUGGAGUCACUCAUUAUGGAUAUAAACACUGA